AUGGGAAGAAGUAACUUCUUGGAACAGAGAAGGUUUCUUGCUCUGUUCUCACAUUUACCAAAUAACGUUUUCUUGAGAUCCAAUUUUCACGGGUCUUUGUUUUUUUGUUUUCUCUUCUUGUCUCAGUUUGAGCUCGAUUUUCCAAAUGAAUACAUCGUGUCGGUGGAGGGAUCUUACGAUAAAGUUUUUGGAACUGAAGUGGAAGUGGUGAGUAUGCUUACGUUUAAAGCAAACAAGCGUACCUCUCUACCGUUUGGGCUCGACGCAGGCACAACGUUUGAGUUCUAUGGCAAAGUUGGAGAUAUGAUUCAUCAAGCUGGUGUCCAUGUCUCGUCAAUCCCCAAGUCUGGAAAAGCAUUUGAGAGCUUUUCUCUUGACUUCAUGAAAUAA